GGUUAUGUUAUUAAUUUUAAGGAAAUGUGUAAAUAAACAAUAAAAGUAAAUAUAGAUAAAAAUUAAAAAAAUGUGGAAAAGUCAAUUUUAUGAUGCUGAAGAAGAGGAAUCAGUAAGAACAUAUACAAAUCUUUUAAAAGUAACACAAGAUGAUGAAGAUUUAUCAACAAUAACAUCAAUUGAACAGAAAAAAGUUGAGGAAAAAGUACUUAAAUUUUAUCGACUUGGAUAUGAGCCAUAUUUAAAUAGAAAUCAUCAUGUUGAAUUUUUAAAAAAAUCACUUAUUAGUUUUUCAUCUUCAUACGAGUGUUUAGAUUGUAGUAGACCAUGGUUGUGUUAUUGGAGUUUACAUGCACUUCAAAUACUUGGUGAACGUCUUGAAGAUGAAGAAUACAGUAGAAUAGUAGGAUUUUUAUCAAAAUGUCAAGAUCCAGAUGGUGGUUUUGGUGGUGGACCUGGACAAUAUCCUCAUCUUGCAUCAACAUAUGCUGCUGUAUCAGCACUUUGUAUUAUUGAAACAAAAGAAGCAUAUGAUGUUAUUGACAGGAAAGGACUAGAUAAAUUUUUUAAAUCAUUAAAAUUUGAUGAUGGUAGUUUUAGUAUGCAAAAAGAUGGUGAAAUUGAUAUUAGAGGUGUUUAUUGUGCAGUUGCUGUUGCUAAAUUAACAAAUAUAUUAACACCAGAAUUAUUUAAAAAUACUGAUGAAUGGAUUGCAAAAUGUCAAACAUGGGAAGGUGGUUUUGGUGGUUGUCCUGGUAUGGAAGCACAUGGUGGUUAUACAUAUUGUGGUUUAGCUGCUUUGGUGAUACUUGGAAAAAGUCAUAUGUGUCAAAUUCCAUCAUUAUUGCGAUGGAUUGCUAAUAAACAAAUGCGUCUUGAGGGUGGAUUUCAAGGAAGAACAAAUAAACUUGUUGAUGGUUGUUAUUCAUUUUGGCAAGGUGCUUGUUUUCCUCUUAUUCAUGCAAUAUUAUCAAAUGAAGGAAAAUUACCAAAUACAAAUUACUGGCUAUUUGAUCAAGAAGCACUUCAAGAAUAUUUACUUGUUUGUUGUCAACAUCCAUUUGGUGGACUUAUUGAUAAACCUGACAAAAAUAGAGAUGUUUAUCAUUCGUGUUAUGGUUUAAGUGGUCUUUCAAUUAGUCAAAAUUCACCUACACCAUUAAUUGUUGGUAGACGUCAUCAAAAUUCUGUUGAAAUAAUUCAUCCACUUUAUAAUUUGGUAUUAUCAUCAGUUGCAAAAGCAUCAAAUUAUUUUGAAAAAUUAUCAUUACCUGAUUGAGAUGAAUUUUUUAUAUUAUAAAUUUUAUCAUUUAAACAACAAAUUUGAGCUUAAAAAAAUUUUUUUUAAAUAAUUAGAUAUAAUAAUACAGUUUAUUUAUCCAAAAAUAAUAUUUAAAAGGAUAUAAUAACUGUUAUUGUAAUUUUGUGUGUUUUAUAUACACUUGAUACAACAUUUUAACAAUCAAAAUGGAUUUGAUAUCAUAAAUCAUAAUAAUAAUGAAAAUAGUAAUAAGUUUUUAAUUAAAAUUUUCAUCGUUGGACUUGUAUAAUUAUUAUUAAUCGUUGUCAAUAAAUAUUUAAGAAUUCUAGCUUUC